CUCUAGGACAAUGGGAAUAUCAUCAUUUACUAGAAGCACUUGAAGUUUCCAGAACCCAUGGUGACAGAAGGACAAGACAGCAGGGGAUUUUCAGUGUCAUGUUCCUGAAUACUGGGCAGAAGACCUACAAAUAAGAUCAGCCUUGAGCAGAAUUUGACAGAAGAUGUUACAACGGUUUUACCUCUGGAAAUGCUUAGCUUCGGGGAUCAUCCUGGGAGUGCUCUCUGCAGUCUGCUUCGGCCAGUACGAUGAUGACUGGCAAUAUGAGGAUUGCAAACUAGCUAGGGGAGGACCGCCAGCCACCAUAGUUGCCAUUGAUGAAGAAAGCCGGAAUGGUACGAUUCUGGUGGAUAACAUGCUGAUCAAAGGGACUGCGGGAGGACCAGACCCCACCAUCGAACUUUCCUUAAAGGACAACGUGGAUUACUGGGUGUUGCUGGACCCCGUCAAGCAAAUGCUCUUCCUGAACAGCACAGGCAGAGUUCUGGAUAGAGACCCCCCGAUGAACAUACACUCGAUCGUGGUGCAGGUGCAGUGCGUCAACAAGAAGGUGGGCACCGUCAUCUACCAUGAGGUUCGCAUCGUGGUGAGGGACCGCAACGACAACUCUCCCACGUUCAAGCACGACAGCUACUACGCCGCGGUGAAUGAGCUCACUCCGGUCGGCACCACAAUAUUUACAGGGUUUUCAGGAGACAACGGAGCUACAGACAUAGAUGAUGGACCAAAUGGGCAGAUAGAAUACGUCAUCCAGUACAAUCCGGAGGACCCGACAUCCAAUGACACCUUUGAAAUCCCCCUCAUGUUGACUGGGAAUGUGGUGUUAAGGAAGAGGCUCAACUAUGAAGACAAGACUCGGUACUUUGUCAUCAUCCAAGCUAAUGACCGGGCACAAAAUCUAAAUGAGCGGCGAACCACCACCACCACCCUCACGGUGGAUAUUCUGGAUGGAGAUGACUUGGGUCCGAUGUUUCUUCCUUGUGUCCUUGUGCCGAACACUCGUGACUGUCGCCCGCUCACCUACCAAGCUGCCAUACCUGAGCUCAGAACUCCGGAAGAACUGAACCCCAUCGUGGUUACCCCGCCCAUCCAAGCUGUUGACCAGGACCGGAACAUUCAGCCGCCAGCAGAUAGACCAGGCAUCCUCUACUCUAUCCUUGUUGGGACUCCGGAGGAUUACCCACGAUUUUUCCAUAUGCAUCCUAGGACGGCAGAACUUAGCCUCCUGGAGCCCGUAAACAGAGAUUUUCACCAGAAAUUUGAUUUGGUUAUUAAGGCUGAACAAGACAAUGGUCACCCUCUGCCAGCCUUUGCCAGUCUACAUAUUGAAAUACUGGAUGAAAACAACCAGAGUCCCUACUUCACGAUGCCCAGUUAUCAAGGCUACAUUCUGGAAUCUGCCCCAGUGGGAGCCACUAUCUCUGACAGUCUGAAUUUGACCACCCCUCUUAGAAUUGUGGCUCUGGACAAGGACAUAGAGGAUACGAAAGACCCAGAGCUUCACCUUUUUCUCAACGAUUACACCUCAGUCUUCACCGUCACACAGACCGGUAUCACUCGCUACCUCACCCUACUUCAACCAGUGGACCGAGAAGAGCAGCAAACUUACACUUUUUCGAUAACAGCAUUUGAUGGUGUGCAAGAAAGCGAGCCAGUUAUUGUCAAUAUCCGGGUGAUGGAUGCAAAUGAUAACACUCCAACCUUCCCUGAAAUAUCCUAUGAUGUCUAUGUUUAUACAGACAUGAGCCCCGGGGACAGCGUCAUACAGCUCACCGCGGUGGAUGCAGAUGAAGGGUCCAACGGGGAGAUUACCUACGAAAUCCUAGUUGGGGCUCAGGGAGACUUCACCAUCAACCGAACCACGGGGCUCAUCACCAUCGCUCAGGGGGUGGCGCUGACAGUGGGGCGCACCUAUGCGCUCACAGUCCAGGCUGCAGACAACGCGCCUCCUGCAGAGAGAAGGCACUCCAUCUGCACCGUGUACAUUGAAGUGCUUCCUCCAAAUAAUCAGAGCCCUCCCCGCUUCCCACAGUUGAUGUACAGCCUUGAAAUCAGUGAAGCCAUGAGGAUUGGUGCUGUUUUAUUAAAUCUCCAGGCAACUGAUCGAGAGGGAGACCCAAUAACAUAUGCCAUUGAGAAUGGAGAUCCCCAGCGAGUUUUUAAUCUUUCAGAAACUACUGGGAUUCUAACCUUAGGGAAAGCCCUGGACAGGGAGAGCACGGAUCGCUACAUUCUGAUCGUCACUGCUUCCGAUGGCAGGCCGGAUGGGACCUCAACUGCCACGGUAAAUGUGUUAGUGACAGAUGUCAAUGACAACGCCCCAGUGUUCGAUCCCUAUCUGCCUCGAAAUCUGUCCGUGGUCGAAGAAGAAGCCAAUGCGUUUGUGGGUCAAGUAAGGGCAACAGACCCUGACGCGGGAAUAAAUGGCCAGGUGCACUACAGUCUGGGCAACUUCAAUAAUCUCUUUCGCAUCACAUCUAACGGGAGUAUUUACACAGCAGUGAAGCUUAACCGAGAGGUCAGGGACUACUACGAACUUGUCGUUGUGGCAACCGAUGGGGCGGUUCACCCACGUCACUCAACCCUGACGCUGGCCAUCAAAGUGUUGGAUAUUGAUGAUAACAGUCCCGUGUUCACUAACUCAACAUAUACUGUCAUCGUAGAAGAGAACCUGCCAGCCGGGACCACCUUCCUUCAGAUAGAGGCCAAAGAUGUUGACCUCGGAGCAAAUGUGUCUUAUCGGAUCAGAAGCCCAGAAGUCAAGCACUUUUUUGCACUACAUCCAUUUACAGGAGAACUCUCCCUCUUAAGGAGUUUGGACUAUGAGUCAUUUCCAGACCAGGAAGCAAGCAUCACUUUUCUCGUGGAGGCCUUCGAUAUUUAUGGAACGAUGCCACCGGGCAUUGCUACUGUCACAGUGAUAGUGAAGGAUAUGAAUGAUUAUCCUCCAGUAUUUAGUAAACGAAUCUACAAAGGGAUGGUGGCUCCGGAUGCUGUCAAGGGCACACCUAUCACCACGGUUUAUGCUGAAGACGCAGACCCUCCUGGAUUACCUGCAAGUCGUGUGAGGUACAGAGUAGAUGAUGUCCAGUUUCCUUAUCCUGCUAGUAUUUUUGACGUAGAAGAAGAUUCUGGAAGAGUAAUAACUCGAGUCAAUCUUAAUGAAGAACCUACGACAAUUUUUAAGUUGGUGGUCGUCGCUUUUGAUGAUGGUGAGCCUGUGAUGUCCAGCAGUGCCACGGUGAAGAUUCUGGUCUUACAUCCUGGAGAAAUCCCACGCUUCACACAAGAGGAAUAUAGACCCCCUCCGGUGAGCGAACUUGCUGCCAGAGGCACAACAGUUGGUGUCAUUUCUGCAGCGGCCGUCAACCAGAGUAUCGUGUACUCCAUUGUCUCAGGAAACGAAGACGGUCUGUUUGGAAUCCACAACAUCACGGGUGUUAUCUAUGUCAAUGCCCCUCUGGAUUACGAGACAAGAACGAGCUAUGUGCUUCGCGUCCAGGCUGAUUCCCUGGAAGUGGUCCUCGCCAAUCUCCGAGUUCCUUCGAAAAGCAAUACGGCUAAAGUGUAUAUUGAAAUUCAGGAUGAAAAUGAUCAUCCCCCAGUGUUUCAGAAAAAAUUCUACAUUGGAGGUGUGUCUGAAGAUGCAAGAAUGUUUACUUCUGUGCUCAGAGUUAAGGCUACUGACAAAGAUACUGGCAAUUAUAGCGCCAUGGCAUACCGACUCAUCAUUCCACCAAUUAAAGAGGGAAAAGAAGGAUUUGUGGUAGAAACAUAUACCGGGCUCAUCAAAACCGCUAUGCUUUUCCACAACAUGAGAAGGUCCUACUUCAAAUUCCAAGUCAUCGCGACUGACAACUAUGGGCAGGGGCUAAGUGGCAAGGCAGAUGUGCUGGUCUCUGUGGUCAACCAGCUGGACAUGCAGGUGAUCGUUUCGAACGUGCCCCCGACUCUGGUGGAGAAAAAGAUAGAAGACCUUACAGAGAUUUUGGAUCGGUAUGUUCAGGAGCAAAUUCCUGGUGCCAAAGUGGUGGUGGAGUCCAUCGGUGCUCGCAGGCAUGGGGAUGCCUUUUCGCUAGAAGAUUACACCAAAUGUGACCUGACUGUCUAUGCAAUCGACCCCCAAACCAACAGAGCCAUCGACAGAAAUGAGCUUUUUAAAUUUUUGGAUGGCAAACUGCUUGAUAUCAAUAAAGACUUUCAGCCGUAUUACGGCGAAGGAGGACGUAUUCUGGAGAUCCGGACCCCGGAGGCAGUGACCAGCAUUAAAAAGCGAGGAGAGAGCCUAGGCUAUACAGAGGGGGCCCUGCUUGCACUCGCCUUCAUCAUCAUCCUCUGCUGUAUCCCUGCCAUCUUGGUAGUUCUGGUCAGCUACAGACAGUUUAAAGUACGCCAAGCCGAGUGCACCAAGACAGCGCGAAUCCAGUCGGCAUUACCCGCAGCCAAGCCUGCUGCACCUGCGCCCGCACCUGUGGCCGCGCCCCCGCCGCCCCCGCCGCCCCCCGGGGCGCACCUGUAUGAGGAGCUGGGAGACAGCACCAUGAGAGGGUAUGCAUCAGAGCAACAGCAACUGCUGAGGCCUUCUCUUCUUAAACCAGAGGAGUUAUCCAUGGAGUCUGGAAUUGAUCCUGGCCAGGAAUUUGGACAAGAUUAUUACAGUUAUGAGCAUGGGUAUGAGAUGCCUCAGUAUGGAAGCCGUCGCCGUCUCUUACCGCCAGCUGGACCAGAGGAGUAUGGUGAGGUGGUUGGUGAAGCCGAGGAAGAAUAUGAGGAGGAAGAGUGGGCCAGGAGACGGAUGAUCAAGCUGGUCGUGGACCGCGAGUAUGAGGCCAGCUCCACUGGAGAAGACAGCGCCCCAGAGUGUCAGAGGAACCGUGUGCACCCUCGCGGCCCGCACAGCAACAUCAAUGGCAAUAUCUAUAUCGCACAGAACGGUUCCGUGCUGCGAACCCGCCGGGCCUGCCUCGCUGAUACCUUAAAAGCCACUUCCCCCGUGCGCCUGGGGAGGCACUUUAAGAAACUCGACAAGUUGGCAGUGACACAGGAGGAGAAUGUCCCCCUGAACACGUUGUCCAAGGGCCCGUUUUCCACCGAGAAGAUGAACACAAGGCCCACUCUUGUCACGUUCGCCCCUUGCCCCGUGGGGACCGACAGCUCAGCAGGGAGGCCGCUGGGCCCCAGGCUGAAAAGCACAGUUGAACAGGAGGCCGACAGUAAGAACGUCAGGGACCCUCUGGAAGUCCACAGCGACCACACGCACUCAGACGACGAGGAGCUCUGGAUGGGCCCCUGGAACAGCCUGCAUAUACCAAUGACAAAACUGUGACUGGGGUUUUCUAAGAAGUUGCUUUGAUUUUUACUUCAGUUUUUAAUGAACUGUGCUUUUUAUUGUCGCUGACAAAAUGACCUAUGGGAUUUAUAUCAUGCACACAAGCGAAAACUUUGGAAAAUAUGCUUUAAACUUUAAAAAAAAAAAAAAAAGACAAAUUUGCACUCACUCACAUUUGUAUCGGUGAAUUGUUCUUCCGGGAAAAUCUUUUUUGGACAGACUCUCGAUUCACUAAAUAACAUCUGACUUAAAUGCAUCACUUAGCUGUUUUGUUGGGUCUUGAAUUUUUUUUUCAUUAUAAUAAACAAGAAAUAAUUUACUAAGUCAUCAUUUAUAUUCUGUUGAUUAACACAGAUGACUCUUCAUCUCCACCUUCACAGAACUUUUUUUGGUACAUGCGAAUUUUCUUUUCAUUAAAAAAUGGGAAAAAAAUUUAUAUUAGAGGAUUUUACAGGUAAUGGGUUUAUACAGCUGCUGUCUACACCAUACUGAUUUUUUAAAAGAAUAAUAGAAUUACAAAGUGAUAGCAAAUGUGGGAAUCUUCCGUAAAUUAUUAGGAAUCAUGAACCUCUUUUCCUUAUUGUCCGAUAUAAAGUUUUUCAAAAUUUUACAUACGUAUCUGUUGACCUUUUAAGGAACGCUCGAGGUCCUAUCUCUUUUAUAAAUAUCAUCCGCGGUUUUCCCUCACUCCCAACCCCUUUGCACACACACUUUAUGAACACUGUAUCCACACCAAACAUAGUAUAAUUGAGUUUCGCCAUCUGAAAUGAAAUAAUGAUUUGGAAUUCUCCAAAUAAAUUCUCCACAGAAAUCUCCCCCUCAUCAAAAGUUUACUGAGGUGGAAAAAGAUCAAAUAGGAAGAAUGCAUCUAGAACUGCAAUUUCAAUAUGGAAGACGUAGUAAGAUCAGAGAAGUCUCACAUUAAUGUCAUUGGACAUGAACAUUUCAUAAAGGAAUUUGGCAGGGUCAAGAACUUAGGUAACAUGUAAAAUGCCUAGGAAGGGUAUAAAUCUAUAGCUUCAAGUCUAUUAUGGUAUUUCACUUCUCCAGCUCCAGUUUCUUUAUAGACUAUUUUAAGAAUGGUAAUAUCUAUGUGCAUAAAGUGCAGAACCAGAUAAAGAAAAAAAUGCCCAGGUAAUCAUUAUCAAAGAACACAGUCAAGAUUUCUCACCACUAAACAAAGCACAGCGUUUCACCAUUCACAGAAUUUCACCAUUCACAGAAAUGAAAACCAAGUCUCCUUUCCAAAACAAAAAAAAUCCCAGAAACUUGCCUUGUGUGCUGCAUACUCUCCAGAUGUUAAAAGGAUGGCACUAUAAUUGAAGAGAAUUCGGAAUUUUACUGAAUAGGACUUCGUAGGAUAUAGCUACAGUUCACCUCAAAUUUUGCACAGUAUUGAGCAAGUUCGGAUUUCAAUAAAAUUCUCUCAUGCAUGCUUAUUAUAUGGUUGAAAGAGAUUGAAUAAUGCACUAUUAUUAAUUCCUCUCUCACGUUUCAUAGUUUAAAAAUAGCUGAUUAUAAUGUUUCCUUAUUUCCAAAGUGAAUGAAUUGUAUGUAACAUAAAUUUGCCAACUUAUAUAAGUAGUAUGUCUUAAUUUCAGGUUUCAAAAAGUACUUGAGAGCAAAUGCAGGAACAUCUCAUUUCUCUGACAUUAUUGGAAAUCGAUGCCUUCUAUACCCUUGCCAGGAAAACUACCAGUAUUAACUGGAAAGAAAUAUGACAUUCUAACAUUAGCUUCUUAGAAAUGUAGAAUCUUGCUCCUGCCCCCAGGUCUACUAAACAAACAUCCACAUUCUCACAAGACCCCAAGCUGGUUUGUAUGAAUAUUAAAUUUUGAGAAACAAUUAUCUACACAUUGAACUCUAGGUCUUACUCGUUGAAACACUAAAGCCAUUGUUUUUAGUAUAACAUUUUGGAUAGAAGUUAGAGUAAGCAUAUUAUAUUUUCCUAUUUGCUCAAUCAGAGAUCACUAAAUAUAAUUUAUUUUCCUGAUUUUUGAGGAUCAUCUGACCUAACAUCCCAUGAUAUUCUCUCUGCAAAGAGCUUUAUCUGGUUUUGUUUUUCUCCUUCUCCAAUUUCAGGCUGUGAUAUUUAAUGAAUUUUGUCACUGAGCCUCUCUCUAAAAUUUUUUCUCCAGUUUAUUUCUAAUUUCCUGGUGAGAAAGUUUGUGUCUCCAUUUGUUUUGCUUGUUAGUGAAAAAUUGUAAAGCCUGAGAUAGGGAUCAGGUAUGCAGAUUCAAAUGAAAGUUUGGAGAUUCUCAGAUGCUUUGGGGGAUCGCUACUGGUUUCUGAGCAUGGUUCGAGAAAUCCGAAAUUGGAAGAAGACUCAUGUCCCGAUAAUAUGAGAUGUCAUUGCACUUUACGAUUCAAGUUUUAUAAAGAAAUAGCAAAACAUCACAAGGUACUUAGCAGAUGGACAUUUUUCAGCAACUUCAAGUUGAUCAUUUCAGUAAAACCACUCAUGAAGUUAACCUGUCCCUAAGUGAAUGCAGUUAGUAUGAAGAUAAGCAGUCUUUACACAGAGCAACCAAAUCAAACAUUUGGUUGGUGUAUUUUGAGGUCAGGUAUACACGGCGGCAAGAACGUUAACACUAAAUACAUAAAUCUGGAAUGAUUGAAUAGUUACUUUGAUAGGACUGUCACUGUUCUGGAAAACUGACUCAGGAUUAAAAUCAUGGAAUCCAGGGGAGAUGUCCAAGUAGUUUAAACGUAAGAAUACUUGAUAUAAAGGAUGUUUCUAUGUAAAUGCUUAUAAAGAAAUCAAUGGUUAUUUUUUCCUAGAUAGGCACAGCAAUUGUUUGUUGUUGUUCUUAGUACCAGCUUUCAGUCAGGAAGAAAAACCCGCUAAUCCUAGCUGGUUAAGAUGAGAACAAGCUUAUAGGACUGGAACUGCGCUAAACCUGCGGGCUUGGGAAGGUCGCGUGGGUGUGAAGGGCAGGGGAAGAAGAAUGAAGGUCAACAUUUGUGACUCAAUGGCCAUCAGAUGGCGGACACUACCCUCUUGGCCCAGCCUUCUUCUUUUCAUUAAUUACAGACUGAGAGUUGUUACAGAAUCACAACUGUAGGUUGGCCAAAAGCACGCUUUUAAGUCCAGAAAAAAAGUUUGCCUUGAAUUUUACAUGUGAUAUGUCAUUUGUGUUAUGAGACCACAUUGUUUUUAGACCAUAUGGUUAACAGGGCUGUUGAAACAUGUUGUUUAUCCUAAGUGUGUCUUCCAAGUGCAAUAUGGUAGCCACUAUUAAACCACCAUUAAUUGCAUAUGUGUUUGAUAAAGCCGGGGGGGGGGGGGGAGGAAUACUGAUGCUUGAGGGAAGACAUUUUCUUUCUCUUAUUUCAUGAGUCUUGCUUUUUCUCUUGUUCUGCUUCACUUUCUGUAUGUAGUCUAUACGGUAAGUGGAGCUUAAGUACACCGCAUCCACUAAUUAGGAAAAUAGGCAGAAUGUGCUAAUAAUCUAUUCUCAGGGCGGAUGCCCACUGGUGCCUGUAAUAACACAGCAAUAGGCUGACAGAUAUGUUCAAAAUAAUACUGAGAACCUCGAUUUUUAUUGAUAGUUUCUCCCUCUUCUCAAGUGAUAAUGUGAAUUCCUUUGUUCUACUUUUUCUCUCUCUUGUUUUUGCAUUUGUAGACCUUGAUCUUUAUAAAAAUCUUUACUUUUUAUAUUGUUUUUUUUUUCACUGCAAUCUACUUUAAAUUUAUGGUAAGUUAAGCACAUGUACGGAAGGUUUGACCUUUGUCUAUAGUUUGGGAAAUUAUCAACACAGUCACUACUUUCCCAAUUUCUUUAUCCAAACACCUGUUUUUCCUUAACAAAUAUUAUGUUCCUGUCUGAAGAAUCUGAAUUAGAAAUUUUCAGUUAAAAUGCAUUGUUACUCACUACACAAUGUCUCAAAAAUAAAUUUCCAUUUGAAAA